CUUUUCUCCAAUUUUAUUCGCAUAUACAGAUUCUCACGGUGUGUAUACUUCUCCGAGCAGGCUUUCAAUCAGAGGUUAGUCAGUCGGUUAGUUGAUCUACACUAUUCAGCGCUGACAGUGCGGUCCCCAGGCUUGGCGAGCCCCGACUGCACGAGACCGCGUAUGACGGGGACAUGAUACUAGUUCCCAUGUCGGGCGAGCGAGCAUCGGUCGCGCGGCUGCGGCGCAGACAACGUCUGGACAGCGACCUUUCGCUCGAUGGCGCGUUCUCAGUCGAUGGACAGAGAGUUCGUAGCUCAUGGACAGCGCAUGCCGCGGACAGGCGGCGUCUUUUGGAAGCCAUCCGAGCGGCUACUCCCGCGCCGCCCAUCCUGCAGCCUGGCCCUCUCCUCCUGCUCGCUUCCUAGUCUCAUUUAUCCCUGCCCACCAGCGAUUCCCCCUCACCUCGCCUUCUACCGUUCGACCUGUCGCUUGCGUUAUCUGCGCCGCGCCUCCGCUGUCGUCGAGGACCUGAUUUACUCUUCUGUGACUUGCACCCUGAUCUUUUCUAUGGAAUACCCUCAGGUCCCUCGCGCCCGCGCCAUCCGGAGGCGCCCCGCGUCCGCUACGUCCGGAGGGCGAUGACAGACCGCCUGCGGCGUCCCCCGGAAAGCAUAACUUUCUGUAUAGCGAACGCUGGUCCGGAAGGCACGCACACUGUAAGAAAGGCAGGGCGACCGCCUAGAGCGCAAGACGAACGCUACCUAUACGCAAGACGAGUGCCCCACAGUACGCAUGACGAGCGCCCGGAAGCCUAUAUGCGCGGACACGCCUGCGAGGCUUUCCUUAAACCGAGCUGAAGCUUUCCUUCCACCGAACGCAGCACGCGCUAGCGAGUUUCCUAGAAGGCAUCUUCGUGUUCCUCGACGGCUUCUGCGAGCUCGACGGGUGCUUUCUGUACUUGGUGCUGGACCUGGCGGCGUCUGGAGUGCUCGACGGUGCACGGGUGACGCGCUAGAAGGAGCCCGCGCUCUCGACUGAUAUACUUCUGCUGUACGUUCCACUCUCCGAGCGCAGUGAGAACUC